GCGCGGCGCGGCGGCGCACUCGAGCAUGGCCGCGGCCGCGGCGGGAGGAGCCCCGGGUCCGGCCCCCGGCUCCGCCAGGCCCGCGCCGGCCGCCCGGAACCCGCCGUCGGUGCCGCGGAGACGCGGGGACUCCCGGCGCCGCCAGGCCGCUCUCUUCUUCCUCAAUAACAUCUCCCUGGACGGACGGCCCCCGAGCCUGGGUCCCGGCGGGGAGAAGCCCCCGCCGCCGCCGCCACCCCCGCCCACCGAGGCCCGCGAGCUGCCCGCGCCUCCGCCCGCUCCACCCGGAGGCCUCCCGGGGCUGCCAGCCAGGCCCGCGCCCCAGGGCCUACUCAGCCCCACGACGGCGCCCGCCGGCCUCAGCCUGGACGGGCAGCGCCAGAGGAGGCGAGUCACGUCUCAGCGCUGCUCCCUCGAGUUUCUGGAAGAUGCAGUGGGAUGUGCCUCGGUUCAGAGAACCAAGCAUGCAUCUGGGUCACCAAGACACAAAGGCCUGAAGAAAACGCACUUCAUCAAGAACAUGAGACAGUAUGACACGAAGAACAGCAGGAUUGUGCUCAUCUGUGCCAAGCGGUCCCUGUGUGCAGCCUUUUCAGUCCUGCCCUAUGGAGAGGGCCUGCGGAUCAGUGACCUGAGGGUGGACAGCCAGAAGCAGAGGCACCCAUCCGGCGGCGUUUCUGUUUCUUCUGAGAUGGUCUUUGAGUUGGAAGGCGUUGAACUGGGAGCGGAUGGAAAGGUCGUGUCUUAUGCAAAGUUCCUGUACCCUACUAAUGCCCUGGUUACACACAAGAAUGACAGCCAUGGCUUGCUGCCCCAACCCCGGCCCAGCAUCCCCCGGGCUCCACCAGGUUCAAGACACAAGCCUGUGCCUACCAAGUCAACACCAGCUGGCACAGAACUAGGAAACGAUGGCGGAGAUGCGGUGGAAUACAACCCCAACCUCCUGGAUGACCCCCAGUGGCCGUGUGGGAAGCACAAGCGGGUACUUAUCUUUGCUUCAUACAUGACCACAGUUAUAGAGUAUGUGAAGCCUGCAGACCUCAAAAAGGACAUGAAUGAGACCUUCCGGGAGAAGUUCCCUCAUAUCAAACUGACAUUGAGCAAAAUUAGGAGUUUAAAACGGGAGAUGCGGAACCUGUCCGAAGAGUGCAGCUUGGAGCCCGUGACCGUGUCCAUGGCCUACGUGUACUUUGAGAAGCUUGUACUGCAGGGAAAGCUCAACAAACAGAACCGCAAACUGUGUGCUGGCGCCUGUGUUCUGCUGGCUGCCAAGAUCAGCAGUGACCUCCGCAAGAGCGAAGUGAAGCAGCUUAUUGACAAGCUGGAAGAAAGAUUCCGGUUCAACAGGAGAGAUCUCAUUGGAUUUGAGUUCACGGUGCUCGUAGCUCUGGAACUGGCCCUGUACCUCCCUGAGAACCAAGUGUUACCUCACUAUAGACGCCUCACCCAGCAGUUCUAGCCCGGAACAGUGUACCCACAAGAAGGCUGCUCGGUAGGAAGGCAACCAGUGUCCUGCCCCUCUUCCAGUGCUGCACCUGCCCCUCAGCCCAAGGUGACUUGCUUCCCUUGGAAAGAGACACAGCUUUCACUCCUAAGUGCACACCUCAAGGCACUUCGGAGAAUUUUCCUGGACAAAUGCGUGGAGCUUAGCUUGCUUGUCAUGUCCCGGAGACCAGCCACAGUGUGGUGAAUGCUGAGCUCCAGCCUUUGUUUUGCCUAGUCUCUGCAUCCCUUCACAGCUGAGGCCAUUCCUGUGGCGACUUAGGUGUUCAGAGCUGAACAUGCUGGGGUUGCCAGCCAGGCUUACCUGGAAACGGCUUUGCUGACUGACGCUGACUCCUGGUACCCUGCCUCCAUCUAAACAGAGCUCUCUUGCUGUCAAGGUAGAGGGGAGGGCAGAUACCUUGACCCAUUCUGUUCUGCUUACUCUUUGGACCUUGCCAAAGCUCUGUCACUGUGAAACCCUGUGCCAUCACACAUGUAGCAGGGCUUGCCUGAAACCACCCACACCUUCAGCCAGAAACUUCCCUGCAGCAUUGGACCUUUUAAGACAACUGCAAACUUGAGGCUCUUGACUUUCCUAAGCAAUACUGUGAUUGAGAAAAGGUAUAAUAGUUUGGAAUUUGAUCUCCAAGGGAAAAGAAGCUGUUCUUGUAAAGUCUGCUGCAUAACUCUGAAACCAUACAUGACCCUCAGGAAGGCACUGACCCGGCCAACUUGCCUGUGUAUCCACAGUGCCACUGUCCCUCUGCUUUCCAGACUAUUGGUCUUUGUACGAACUGGUCACCAGUCCUGCUAGCAGCUACCCAGCUCCACAGCCCCAUUCCCCCCAGCAAUGCCAUGCCUCUCAGGCCUGACACCAUCUAACCACCCAGGACCAAGAAUAGCUCGAGCACGAGAGAGCAUUGCAGCAUUAAUUAAUCUUUAAUUAAUCAAUCUUUUAUCCUGACCACACUUAUGGUGGUGCAAGCAAACCCAUACCCUAUAGAGCAUCUUGGACACAAGAUAAUAGCCCUACAAAAAAAUAUCUUCAAGGUAGUCCCAUUGUUUUGUUUAAAAUGAACUUCCUAGACACUGCUCCAACUUACAGGCUACCCUUGGAGGACGUACCCAGGCAGCUUCUUCUAGAUGUAUAGUUUAAUGUAUUAAAGCUGGUAAACAGCAUAACUUAACCUUGUAUAUUUAUGUAGUAAGGUUUAUUAUUUACCAAGCGGGUCUGCUGGAGCCCUGACCUUCCAGUAAUGCUAAGAGCUGCUGCAACAAAACCAAUCCUUGAACCAAAUGGCAGGCCAAAUCCAGAACCCUGAGCUGUAUCCAAGAUGUCCAGCUGGACUGCGACCCAAUCCACAGACCUGGUGCUGCACCCUUAGCACCCAACAGCAGGCCAAAUGUUUGAGAGCAUCUGACCUCAGAAUGUUGUGUAUGUCAGGUAGGUUUGGAUUGAGUGUUUAAAUGUUUUUGUUAAAUUAAAACUUGGUUUUACAACAAA